CGAUUUUACGAAAGUUAAUGGCGCGACCAUUCACGUUGUGCUUUACAAUUUUAUCACUUCCACUUUCUGAGACUUUUUCAGUUGCCUAUCAUUCUCUAAAUUAGAUAUUGAUUAUUCAAUCAUUAAUUGUCUUUUAUAUUACUUAAUUCGUAAAUUAAAGAUAACCUUAGAUUAAUUUAGAUUCUUUGCAAUCAUAGUAUCUUGCCUUGAAACAGACUUAAAUGGUUGACAAUUGUUAGUUUAUAUCACCUUUAAUAAGCUUUCUAGUCAACAUCAGUACAAGAUGCCAGAAAACGUGUUAAAUAGUGAUCAUGUGGACGUUAAGUUUGCCAACUGUAAACUUCAGAACAAUAAUGAAGAACAUGAUGAACCUAAUGUACAUUUUGAACCCAUAAUUUCAUUGCCUUUGAUAGAAGUAUCUAACAAUGAAGAGGAUGAACUAGAGAUGUUGAAACUGCGAGCCAAAUUAUAUCGAUAUGAUACAUCGAAUAAUCCAGCAGAAUGGAAGGAACGUGGCACAGGAGAAGUGAAAUUAUUGAGACACACAACAAAGAACACAGUCAGAGUAGUCAUGCGCAGAGAUAAAACUUUUAAGAUUUGUGCUAACCAUUUUAUUACUCCAUGGAUGGAGUUAAAACCAAAUUGCGGUAGUGACAAAGCAUGGAUCUGGAGUGUACUGGCUGAUUACGCGGAUGAGCAACUCAAGCCGGAAUUGCUUGCAAUACGUUUUGCAAAUAUUGAAAAUGCAUCUAUGUGGAAGGAAACAUUUGAAAAAGCUAAGAAGAUCGUAGGAUCUGAAUGUGAGAUCUAUGCUGGGAAAAACAAUUCAAGACAAGAACAUGUUAAGAAUAAUAGUAAAUCUAUCAGCAAUAUAAACUUGAAUGAAAGUAUUAAUUGCAAGGAUCAAACCAAAUUAUCUGAGCCAACUGAAGAAUGUGAAGCUACCUCUCAGGAAAAAGAAAUUGAAGAAAAGGUGACGAUGGCAGAAAAAAAAGAUAUAAAAAAUGAGGAAAAUAUACUGAUCGAAAUCUUGAAAUUAAAAGUAAAAGAUGAAGAUGAAGAUGAGAAGAAGUAAUAGAUUGUAGAAUCAUGUUCAAUGUUUACCUUAACAUUUAUGAAUAUGUUUAUUGUCAAGACAGCACAUUCCAAUAUUAUACAAUGCAAGUUGUCGUUUCGAUCAACAUCUUGUUGAUUAAAUUUUACAUAAAUGUGACAUUUUUUUUAGCAAUGGUGUCUGAUAAAGGGCUGAAUAAAUUUCAUGUUUUGUGAUAAAAUUACAUAUAUAUACAUAUUCAGAAAGUUUUAGAAAAUGGAGUAAUUAGAUACAAAAUAUUAUUUACUAAAAAAAUAAAAGGGGAAAAAAUGCAUAUUGAAUAAUGCAUUUUGGGAUAUGGAGAUAUGUAAAUCGACAAUCGCGCAUGAUUGAUCGCUCAGGAAAUUGCACUUUAAUUUUCAUUAACCAAGGAAGAUAACUGAAGGAUUAUAUCAUGUAUUUAUUGAUAUGAAAAUCGCAUUACGUAUUUCUCUUGACAACGUUAAACAUGUUGAAAAUGUCUUGUACGUAUAUUAUAUAAUAAUCAAUGAAAUUGUUCAAUUUGUUGCCAAUUUUAUUUACGAUAUAAUAUUUUUAAUCACAACUUACUUAAUUUUUAUUCAUUCGCGAUCCAUUUCUUUGGAAAAAAUAUUAAAUUUUAGUUUUAUAUCAUAAUGAAUUAAAAAUAUUGUAUUCAGUUAUAUGUAUAAAUGAUUUGUAACAUUGUAAGUUAAGAUAUCUUUUAAAUAAAAAGUGAAAUUCCACAUGUUCAAUAA